AAAGAUAAUUUCAGAAACACUCUGCUGUCAAACUAGUAGCUGACAGACAGCUGUUGUGGACCUGAACUAGCAGGUAGUAUAGUAAAGUAACUUUAACAGUGUAGUUACUGUAAUAUUAAAGUAACUUUAACAGUGUAGUAACUGUGGUGGUAAAGUAACGUUAACAGUAUAGUAACUGAGGAGUACCUGUCCAGAAUGAAGAUACUCCAUGUUGUCUCCUGCUGUCUCCUCUCAGCUGUGGUCUGUGUGUUGUCAGGGGUGAUUACAAACAGAGCAACAGAAGGAGGAAAUGCUCACACUGAGUGUCCUUAUGAUCGGGGGUAUGAAACAUACCAGAAGUACCUCUCUAAAGGGUUAUACAGAGACAGGGUUGUUGUCAUCCAAACCCAAAACCCAGCGUGGACUCAUCAAGGGAGAUAUUCUCUGUAUGACGACACAGAGAGAAGAGUCUUCACUGUGAACAUCACUAACCUGAUCCUAGAGGAUGCUGAUACAUACUGGUGUGGAGUGAAUACAUGGGGACAUGAUGAGCCAACUGAAGUCAGGCUCACUGUGGUCAGAGCUCUCUCUCUCACAGCUCCUGUUCCUCCCAAACCUGGCCCAGUCACAUCCAGACCUCUCCUCUCCACGACACACCAAUCAACAAACAUCACCAAGGCAACUGACUCCUCAAACUCCACUACUGGUGACGUGAUGUUCUCUGUUGUUGGUCUGGGUGUUGUUCUACUACUGCUGGGUCUGCUGCUGUUCAUGUUCUUUAGACAGAGGAGAGACAGAGACAGGAGACCAACAGCAUCUAAACACUCUGCCAGACUGUUGGUGUCUGACUCCAUGACAACCAACCAGGAUCCAGACACAGGAACCAUCACCAACCCCAUCUAUGCCACAGGAAUCAAUCAUAACCCAUAUACAGCUUGUGACAUCACCAUAAUCUAUGCCAAGGCAACCAAUCCUCAUCCAGAUGACAUCUACUCCAACGUUGGAGGUGGAGAGGCUCUACUGUAAACUUCCCCAGAGAUCCAGCCUGUCUCCACUAUGCUACUGUCAACUUCCCCAGAGAUCCAGCCUGUCUCCACUAUGACA